CUGCUACCUACCUUACUUCUUCAUCAGUACUACCGACUGGCUGUCACCUCUGAUUAUUGACACCUCGCCUUUCGACUGCCGAAAUCACACACCCUGCUGCCUGCCUGUCGGUCUGCCUGCAGCCAGGAUUUGCACGCGACCACCAUGUCCAGCACAGAUAAGCAGCGUCUCUCAGACGUUCUGCCCCCUCUGAUCUUCGGUACCGCGACCUUCAACUACCAAUACAAUCCCGAUCCAUACGAUCUCGACACCGCAGGCCUCGUUCGCAGAGCCCUAGAAUUUGGCAUUCGAGCCUUCGAUACAUCGCCAUACUACGGUCCUUCCGAAGAGAUCUUGGGAGCAGCCCUCGAUACUCAAUUCGUGCGCGAAAACUUCCCGCGGCAGGAUUUCUUCCUGAUCACGAAAUGUGGGAGGCUCGCGAGUGAUGAGUUUGACUAUUCGAGGGAGUGGGUAUACCAGAGUGUGCAGCGCAGUCUGAAGCGCUUAAAGAGCGACUACCUGGAUCUGGUGUAUUGCCAUGAUGUGGAGUUUGUGUCUGAAGAUGAGGCUAUGGAAGCUAUCACAGAGUUGAGGAGAAUACGUGACGAGGAAGGGACGAUCAAGUAUAUUGGUAUAUCUGGAUAUCCUCUUCCUGUGCUGUGCUCGAUUGGGAAGAGAGUGCUGAGGGAAACAGGCGAGCCACUGGAUGCAGUGAUGUCGUAUGCGAACUUUACACUACAGAAUCAAUUGCUCGCUACGCAGGGCAUUCGAGAGCUGCGCGAAGCAGGCGUGGACGUGGUACCCAAUGCUUCACCGCUAGGUAUGGGACUGCUCCGAAGAGAGGGCGUACCCGUGGGCAGCAUGGGCAAUUGGCAUCCUGCUAGUGACGGUAUGCGCGCGGCCGUGAAGCGGGCCAGCGACUUUUGCGACAGGCAUGACGAGAAGCUGGAAGUGAUUGCGAUCCGCUAUGCGCUCGAAAGUUGGCUGAAAAUUGGGGCUGAAGUUGGUUCUCGCGGUGAUCCCGCUUCUGGCGUACCAUGGCAGAGGGAGUCGAACGCGCAGAUCGGCGGCAACAGGCUCGGAGUCACUGUCAUGGGAGUCAGCAAAGCCAGCGAGCUCGACAAGACAAUGCGCGUCUGGCGGAGUAUACUGGAUGGCCUGGAGAACGGCGCGGAGACGGCACGCCUGGCUGGCCGAUGGAGUCGCGACCACGAAUGGAGCAUCAAUCGCCGGAAAGCGGUUCAGAUUCUAGCAGAUGGCAUUCAGGAACAUCUGGACGAGUUUCUGGACUUCUGCUGGGACAGUCCCGACAAAGACUUUGUAAACAAGCGUGCAAAGCAGCAGCACAGCGUGCUGCCACCCGCUGACGAUGUCGCUAUCGCUCCGAUCACUCCUGCAGCCUCACCACCGUCUGAUGAGAUGCUCUGACACCCUGUGCAAGUAAGGUAGUGACGCGACCUUGGCUCCCCGCUCGAGCGAUGACACAUCUCGCCAUGUGCACACCGGGAGGCCUUGAAAUUGUAUAGAUGCAUGAAUAUGGAGGAGCUAUAAGUGCAGCCCGGACCUUUUCAGGCGGGCAGGCAGGGAAUAGCAUGACUUGCAUAAUGUUAAGGCGCAUGAAAGACUGUUGUCGCUAUAGGCAAGCGCCUUAUGUUGCAGCGCAGAUGGGGCGUCUAUCGACGAUAGCGGCUGCGUGGAUGAAACGAAGAAGUAGUUCGUGAGACACGGUCUCGCUGAUUGAGUUGUGGCGAUGUGUGAACUAUUCUCAUAUCCCGUUGACCAAUGCAGUGGACUGCUGCUGCUGCUGAUGAUGAUGGUGAUUAUCUUAGUGCUACCUUAUAUUGAUGAUGAUGAUGAUUGUACUGUGCAUGGCGGAGGCACAAUCUGUUGGGCACAUGUUGAGGAAAUGUCAUGAGCCCACCACUGGAGGCAUUCCAUAACGUGGAAGCCUAAUGAUGAGAUGGUCUAGUCUAGUUCUAGCGGGAGAGAGCUUGUCAUCGUUUGGCACCUGC